AUGGCGAGUGGAACUGUGCCGCCAGGGAGCCUCUCCACUCCGGCUACCGGUGACACUGAUUCCCGGUUAGCUGUGAACAACCCGGCGGAUAUCUCAGUCAUUGUCAUCUAUUUCCUAGUGGUCCUGGCUGUGGGGAUCUGGGCAAUGGUGAGGAGCAACCGGGGCACAGUCGGAGGUUUCUUCCUUGCUGGCAGGAGUAUGAUAUGGUGGCCGAUUGGAGCUUCUCUGUUUGCCAGUAACAUUGGCAGUGGUCACUUUGUGGGUUUAGCUGGUAAUGGUGCAGCUGGUGGAAUAGCUACUGGAGGAUUUGAAUGGAAUGCCCUAGUGAUUGUCAUUGUUCUGGGAUGGUUGUUUGUGCCAAUCUACAUCAGAGCCGGGGUUGUGACCAUGCCUGAGUAUCUGAAGAAGCGAUUCGGGGGCAAUCGGAUCAGGAUUUACCUAUCUGCCCUCUCACUGUGUCUCUACAUAUUCACCAAGAUAUCGGCUGACAUGUUUUCAGGAGCCAUAUUUAUCCGGGAGGCACUGGGUUUGAAUCUGUAUGUUGCCGUGGUGAUACUGCUUGCUAUUACGGCCCUCUACACCGUGACAGAUGUGACUAAAGUAGUAGACAGGGGAAUGUCUUUGGACGUUAUUUAUAUGGACUUCCAGAAAACAUUUGAUAAAAUCUCUCAUAAGAGACCGGUAGCUAAAGUUGAAGCUCAUGGAAUUGAAGGCAAACUAUUGACAUGA